AUGAAACAGAGAGACAGGUCCCGCACGCGCUCGCCGGAGAGGCGUCACCGCUCCCGCUCUCGCUCGCCCAGCCGUGACCGCGAUCGAGAGUAUCGCAGCAGCCGUCGUGAUCGCUCGCCGGUGAACGGCCAUCACGAUUCGGGCUACGACCGUAGCAGAGCCCCGGCCCCCUCCCGCUCCUACGAAGACCGCAACCAAUCAAGAGAGCAAAUGAUGAGCAACCUCCGCGAGACCUCGCAGCAAGACCGUCGUGUCUACGUCGGCAACCUCUCAUACGAUGUCAAGUGGCAUCAUCUCAAAGACUUCAUGCGCACCGCCGGCGACGUUCUCUUCGCAGACGUUCUUCUACUUCCGAACGGAAUGAGUAAGGGAUGCGGAAUUGUUGAAUAUGCUACAAGAGAUCAGGCACAAACGGCUAUCAGCACGCUCAGCAACCAACAGCUCAUGGGCCGCCUCGUAUACGUUCGCGAAGACCGCGAGACCGAGCCCCGCUUCGCAGCUGCCGGACCCCCCGGUGGAGGCCGCGGCGGAUACGACGGAGGCUACGGUGGCCGCGGCGGAUUCCAAGGUGGAUACGGUGGCGGGAUGGGAGGCGCCACCAGGCAAAUCUUCGUCUCCAAUCUUCCGUUCCAGGUCGGUUGGCAAGAUCUGAAGGAUCUCUUCCGUCAAGCUGCUGUGUCUGGCAACGUCAUUCGUGCAGACGUCCACCUCGCCCCCGAUGGCCGCCCCAAGGGAUCCGGAAUCGUCGCCUUUGACAACCCCGACGACGCCCAGAACGCGAUCGCUCAGUUCAACGGCUACGACUGGCAAGGCCGCAUCCUUGAAGUCCGCGAGGACCGCUACGCUGGAGCCGGUGGGCCCCCAGGUGGCUUCGGUGGCCGUGGCAACUUCGGAGGACAAGGCUUCCGUGGAGGAUACGGCGGUGGCGGAUUCAAUCGUGGUGGCUUCGGCGGUGGCUUCGGCGGGCGUGGAGGCUACGGCGGUGGAUUCGGUGGUCGCGGUGGAUAUGGUGGAGGCGGAUUUGCUAGCGGCCCUCCUGCUGGCGCUGGCUACGGUGGUGGCAAUGCACCUGCACCUGCCGCUGUCGCCCCCAACCCCUUCACGGACAACGCCACCUCUGGUACCGAGCCGGGCCCGGUCAUCUUCGUGCGCAACCUGCCAUGGAGCACCAGCAACGACGACCUGAUUGAGCUGUUCACGACCAUCGGAGAAGUUAAGCGCGCCGAGAUCCAGUACGAGCCCAACGGUCGCUCGCGCGGCUCUGGCGUGGUCGAGUUCGGGAAUCAGGAAGACGCUGCUACCGCCAUCACCAAGUUCACCGGCUACGUGUACGGCGGCCGUCCUCUCGGCCUCACCUACGUCAAGUACCUCGGCCAAGGCGGCGACAUGAUGGACGGAGCAGAGCCUACCGGCAGCCUGCAGGAGCAGAUGAUGUAG